UUUCAACAAUUUUGGUACGUAGUCCACGAUCAUGACCGCGACUCCGAGUCCCAUCACUUUUAUCAAUCGACUCGCCAACAUCUUUCCAUCUCAUCUGACGAAGCAGCAACGGAAGACUUUUCUCUGAUUCAAGCCGCUCCCUUCUUUGUCCCUCGCUCGCACAAUCUCGGCUGUCCCGCGUUAAGCCGCAUGACCAGCAGUUCGUUCAGUCCCAUGCCCUGGCCUGUGCCUGUGCACCAUCGGUUCCAUCGGUCCCAUCCAUGUCUGCCGCAGAUGCCCCGCCGCCGUCGAAUAAGCAUGCUGCCGCAUGUCCCGAGAUGGGAAUCGACAGUGAUUCAGUCAGCCAGCUCGGCCAGGGACAGGGGGCUUCCCCAGUGCCAGCUUGGCACUGUCACUUGUCGAUUUCUCCUCGAGGCCAUGGAUCUCCGCCCGCCAGAUAGCCGACUGGCCAUGUUUUUGCCUCCUGGUCCGCUUAACAUUCGACAUACCUGACACGAUGAAAAAGCUGUUGCCUCUGGCCGCGGCGAGUCUUUUCUCGCACGCUGAUGCAGCGUGUAACAUUACUUCCACUGGUACAUCGGGCGAUAUUGUCUUCACUGGCACUCUCCUGACGUCCAGAGGUCCUCUCUCCAACGGCACCCUCCUGGUACGGUCCGACCGGAUUGUACAUGCCGGCCCACGAUCUCCUCUCAGCCCUGACGCAAUCCGUAACGCGACCUAUGUUGAGUGCACCGAGCCUUCGGUCAUCUCGCCUGGUUUUAUCAACGCUCACGAACAUAUCGAAUAUUCGACCAUCAACCCUCUCGCCGAUAUCGGCGAAAGAUGCGGUCACCGCCAUGACUGGCGCCGCGGUCUACGAGGCCAUACCAAGCGCGAGGCCCCAAUCAAUGGCUCGGCUGUCGCCGCCACCACCUGGGGAGAACUACGCCACCUCUUCUCCGGGACGACCUCUAUCGUCGGCGGUGCCAUGGCACCAGGUCUUGCCCGCAACCUCGACUUCGUGGCCGGAUUAGGACAAGGCAUCCGUUCCGCCGUUGCCACGUGGGACGUUUUCCCGCUCGACGACUCGGCUGGCAUCCUGCGUCAUGGCGACUGCGACUACGGAAUGGCACCCAUAACCUCCGAAGCGUCCGGAAAACUGCAUCGAUACAUGGCGCACAUCGCCGAAGGCGUUGAUGCCGAGGCCACCAACGAGUUCCGCUGCCUCUCCGACUCGCGGUUUGACAAUAUCUCGCUCCCUGGCGGAGGAGGAGGGGUCAGUACCGAUAUUAUAGGCCCUAAUUUGGCUUUGGUUCACGCUCUCGGCCUCUCCGACGCGGACUUUGAGCUCGUCGCCUCGCGUGGCGCGAGCGUGAUUUGGUCGCCGCGGAGCAACGUAUUUCUGUACGGAAAGACGCUCAACGUGAGUCAUCUGCUUGAGACUGGCGUCAAUGUUGCACUGGGCACCGACUGGUUGCCUUCAGGAUCUGCUACCAUGGGCCGCGAGGCUGUGUGCGCCCGAGACGCAACAUGGCACAGUUUUGGUCAAAAGCUGCAGCCAAAGACUCUGUGGGAAAUGAUGACGGUCAAUGCCGCAAAGGCCGUUGGCUUCGAGACCCACAUCGGGUCGCUCGAGCCUGGUAAGGUAGCUGAUAUCGUCGUUUUUGGCGGCGGCCAUCAGGGAACUGACCAAGAUGACCCUUUUGCGCGGGCGAUAUUCACUGGGGCCGAGGACCUGGAACUGGUCAUGCGGGGAGGGAAAGUCCUCGUCGCAGGCGCGAGCCUCAAGGGCAUGGCUUCAGAACCUUCCUGUGAGACGGCUACGUUCGGGCCCGUUGUCAAACACCUAUGUGUGGCCGAUGAGCUCGGAUCCAGCUUUGCUCAUUUCAAAGCUUCCCUUGAGGGCGUCUAUCCCGCCAUCCUCCCCGGCAUCCCUGAAAACGAGCCAACUUGCAUGCCGACCCGCUGAUGGCAUCCAUAGCAAUGAAAAAGAACACGGUCAUCCCCAUA